AUGUUCGCGUACUACUCACUGAUCGCCACCGUCUCGCUCGCGCUCGCCGCCGCGGCGUCGCCUGUCGUCAGCGUACCCAAGGAGGGCCGCGCUAUCCCGAUGCGCAAGCGCGCCGGCCUCACGAAGGACAACGGCGUCUUCGACUUCGACCGCGCCGUCGCGCUCACCGUCGCCGCGCAGAACAAGCACCGCCAGAACCUGCUCAACCUGCAGAACAACGGUGGCACGCUCCGCCAGGGUGCCGUGAUCAAGGACCUCGCGUCGAUUCCGGACGACAUCAAGGCCAAGCUCCAGCUCUCCAAGCGCCAGGCCGAGUCCCUUGAGGACGAGAACCAGGACACGGAGUGGGCUGGCGACAUCACCAUCGGCAGCGAUGACCAGAAGUUCUUGAUUGACUUCGACACCGGCUCCUCCGAUCUCUGGGUCCCGAGCAAGAGCUGCAGCUCGUCCGUCUGCUCCCAGAAGAACUCGUACGACGCGUCCUCGUCCGACUCCUCCAAGAAGGCCUCGGGCAAGUUCCAGAUCCAGUACGGCGACGGCUCCACCGUCUCUGGCCCCGUCUACCAGGAUACUGUCACCGUCGCCGGCGUCACCGCGAAGAACCAGUACUUCUCCCCGGUGACCACCCUCUCCGACUCGUUUUCGAACGACCCCAUCGACGGCAUCCUCGGCCUCGCUUACCCCGCGAUCAGCAACCUCAAGCAGGACCCGUGGUUCGUGAACGCGAACUCGCAGGGCGCGGUCGACAAGAACUCCUUCGGCUUCUACCUCGCCAAGACGGGCUCCGAGCUCUACCUCGGCGGCUCGAACGACAAGCUCUACUCGGGCGACGUCGAGUACCACGACGUCGACAAGUCGGAGGGCUUCUGGCUCAUCACCGGCGCCUCGAUCUCCGUCGAUGGCAAGUCUGCCGCGGACAACUUCGACACCAUCAUCGACUCGGGCACCACGCUCGCGUACGGUCCCCCGGACACCAUCGACGAGAUCUUCUCCAAGAUUGAUGGCGCGAAGGCGUAUGACCAGCAGCAGGGUCUCUACUCCUUCCCUUGCGACUCCGCGCCGGACGUCUCCUUCAGCUGGGGUGGCAAGGACUGGAAGAUCUCUGCCGACAACUUCAACGCCGGCCAGGCUGAGGAGGGCUCCUCCGACUGCAUUGCCUCGCUCGCUGGCCAGGAUCUCGGCCUCGGUGACAACACCUGGCUCCUCGGUGACGCCUUCAUGAAGAACGUAUACACCGUUUUCGACUUCGACCAGGACGCCGUUGGCUUCGCCGAACUUGCGUAA